AUGCGCAACUACAACAACUUCAACCGCGUGUGGAAGGCGCCGCGCCGUCCGUUCGAGAAGGAGCGCCUCGACCGCGAGAUGAAGCUGUGCGGGCAGUACGGUCUGCGCUGCAAGCGUGAGAUCUGGCGCGUGAACAUGACGCUGUCCAAGAUGCGCCGCACGGCCCGCCUGCUGCUGACGCUGCCGGAGAACCACCCCCGCCGCCUGCUGGAGGGUUCCGCCAUCAUGCGCCGCUGCCACGAGUAUGGCUUCCUCGACGAGGAGAAGGACAAGCUGGAUUACGUGCUGUCGCUGACGGUGCCGGACAUUCUCGAGCGCCGCCUGCAGACCAUCGUCUUCAAGGCCGGUCUCGCCAAGUCCGUGCACCACGCCCGCGUCCUGAUUCAGCAGCGCCACAUCGCCGUCGCCAAGCAGAUUGUGACGAUCCCGUCCUUCAUCGUGCGCGUGAGCAGUGAGCGCCACAUCGCCUUCGCUGACGCUUCGCCGUUCGGCAACGGCCGCCCUGGCCGCGUCAAGCGUGUGCGCGCGAAGGCCGCCAAGCGCCGCGCCGGCGGCGACGACGACGAGUAA